CUGAGGAAUGAAGGCAAACCUGAAGUUUUAUUACAUCACUAUGGAGAGUGCGUUCAGACCAACCUUGCAACAACGGAAUCCAGUCAGAACGAUCUGUCAGAACGUAUUGAAGGAAGUGGUUCAGAAACGGGAAAAGAUUUUCUUAUUGAAAACGCUUCAUCAACUGAGGGAGAUGUGAAUUCGAUUCCGAUUCAAUCAACUGAAAAACCUCCGACCACGUCCGGUUCAAACAAUGACGACUUGAAUUCGCAACAAAAUCAUCUGCAAAAGUCUGUGAAAGCACGUGCUGUACCGUCGAUAUUUGUGGACGAUAUCGACUCAUCCGAAAAGGCAGCGCUUGGCUUGAAGAAGGACGAAUUAAGUACUGCUACUGAUUCGAAAAAUGCAGCAGUAGAAGCAAGUCGACCUUUGAUCAGAACUUUGAAUGGCCAUGGAAGCAGUUCUGCUGACCUACACUCGAAGAUAGUCAUGUCUGGCGAAGUCCUAUCAGUUGAAGAACUACUGGGUGAAUCAUUACCGCCCGCAACGCCAUCGAAAACGAUUUCAGUUUCUGCCAUUUUACAGCCAUUCGACAUGACACAACCGUGUUCGGCAGCCGAUUGUGACAAGACGAAAAAUCCUGUCUGCGAUUCAAACAACCGGACACAUAAAAAUUUGUGCCUGUUCAAGUUUUAUGCAUGCAAGGUUCACCGUCAUGACGGUCGUAUCGUCGAACUCGCCUAUGCUGGAGAGUGUAAAGCAGGAGUGAACUUGACGCACAAUUCGCUGUGUAAUUUGGCUCGUUUCAACUGUCAACAACGUGUACAUAAUGCUACCGAGCGGGUACUGGUUCACAUCGAAGGCAGGAGUGUUCUAAGAACUGUCAGAGGAGAGAAGCCAGUUGUGAUGCUCAGGACAACACUCACCGAUAAUCUUGUGUCACUUUUCAACAAAGCACGAACUGCCUCAUUAGAAGGUACUUUCUGA